AUGGACCAAGAUGUGAAAAAGAAGUUGAAGGGAUUGGAUGGAACUGCAGUGCCAGUUGGGUACGACAGUCUCAAGGAUACCGGGCACCCAGUCCUUGAGGCAUCAAAAAGUUUGGAACAAAAUAUUGAUGGUUUGACAGAUGGCAGUGAUGGCAACACUAAAGAAGACAACCACCACACUCUAAGGAACAAUGGGUCUGGAGGCAUGCGAUUUGCUGAUAAUGAUGUGAAAGUCCAUACUCAAGUCAGGCCUACAACUAAUGGGGAAGUGAAUGAGAAUUCCACAAAUGCUUCUGGUACAGGACCUCCUGCUGGUUUUUUGGGAGUAUCUCUUCGUUCCCCAUAUGAGAAAAUUGGAAUUAGCACAGCUUUUGUCGCUCCUUCCGCUGGUGCAGGGUUGCCUUUUGAUGCAAUGGUUCUGGAUGAAAGGCAGGUCAAACGAGAGAAAAGGAAGCAGGCUAACAGAGAAUCUGCAAGGAGAUCUAGGUUGAGGAAGCAGGCUGAAUAUGAGGAACUGGUGAGGACAUUUGAAUCGUUAAACACGGAGAAAAUGGCCCUUAAAUCUAAACUAGAAGAACUGAAAGGGGAUUCAGAGAAAUUGAGGCUUGAAAAUGCCACAUUAAUGGAGAAGCUGAAACAUGCACAGGUAGUGCCGAAAGGAGGGAUUGCUUCAGUUGAGAUUGAAGUAGACUUGGACCUGCCAACUGGUACCGAGAACAUACUUAGCAAUCUGGGUUCUGUAAGCAGGAAUGCUCAGCUGGAUUGUGAGGCACAUGAAAGUUCUAUGUCUGAAACUAAGCUCCAUGCUGUUGCUGCUAGAUGA